GACCUCCUGGGAUUGCAUCUGGAGAGCCCCUAGUGUUCUGCCAGCUUCGGAAGCAGGAGGGAAAGCAAGCCUAGCAGAGGAACCCAUUCCAUUCCCAGCUUGUUCUGUAGCUGGUGAUUGGAAGACACUCUGCAACAAGUGUUCAAGCUCUGGCCAGGAAAGCCGCCUUCCAGGAUUUCUCUUUAACUGGGUCUGCUUCUUUCUUAAAGGCAUCAUGGCUGCCCUCAGAUCCCUUGUGAAGCCGAAGAUCGUCAAAAAGAAGACCAAGAAGUUUAUCUGGCACCAGUCAGAUCGAUAUGUCAAAAUUAACUGUAAUUGGCAGAAACGCAGAGGUACUGACAAUAGGGUUCAGAGAAUAUUUAAGGGCCAGAUAUUGAUGCCCAACAUUGGUUACAGGAGCAACAAGAAAACAAAGCAUAUGCUGCCCAGUGGUUUCCGGAAGUUCCUCGUCCACAACGUCAAGGAGCUGAAAGUGCUGCUGAUGUGCAACAAAUCUUACUGUGCAGAGAUUGCUCACAAUGUUUCCUCCAAGAACCGCAAAGCCAUUGUGGCCCAGCUGGCCAUCAGAGUCACCAAUCCCAAUGCCAGGCUGUGCAGCGAAGAAAAUGAACAGACAGCUCAUGUGCACAUUCUAUUUGUGUUUAAAUAA